AUAAUGGCUAGUUUAAGAUUUCUGUACAAUAAAUACUGUAUGUUACUUAAAUUACCUACCUUUAUGUACAUCGAAGAGUAUAUCUAUCUAUAUUUUAUUACAGCGCCCUAUUUAUAUCUAAUCAUUUAAAGUAUACAAUAGAUGUGGUCAGAUCCUUUUCCGGUAAUGAUAAUAUAUCGUCGUAACAUAAAAAGGAUUUGCCUAGUAUGGUUUCAUGUGCGAUCGCGAAUAGUUCAGUUUUCUCAUUACAGUGAAACUACAUUAAAAUUCACUCGUAAUUUUAUUAAUACUCCUUAAAAAAAUAAUUCUGGUAGGACCAUACGUUCAAUGCGUAUCAAGUCGAUUUUGUUCAGAAAAGAUUAGUAGAAUGCAGCAACAAGAAAAAGACAAGAUAUAUCACAGAUAUCCGAAUUAUUUCGGAGAAAAUGUAGCUCUGUUGAAACGAUCAUCAGAGUGUGAGAAGAAACUAGAUGUAUGGUCUACUAAUUACAAUCAGAAAAAAUUACCAUAUUCAUUUGCAAAUUUGAACACAAUAAGAAUAAAUUCACAGUUAGAGAUACCGUAUAAUGAUACGCCCAUAAAAGGGUUGAAAAACUACAUUGGGAAAGCUUGCUACAACCUAGGAGAAAAGGGUAGUGGGUUUAGACCACGGGGAGCUGUGCAGGAUUUCAACACUCUACGGCGAGAAUGUUUAUCAACGGGAUCGCUUUUCGAGGAUCCCGAAUUUCCCGCCGAUGAUUCAUCGUUAUAUUUCUCGAAAAGACCUGACCGAUACAUAGAAUGGAGAAGACCAAUGGAAAUCGCGGACAACCCUCAACUAUUCGUCGAGGGUUUCUCCAGAUUCGACGUCCAACAGGGCGAACUAGGAGACUGUUGGCUGUUGGCCGCGGUUGCAAAUCUCACUAUGGAUUCCAGUUUAUUUUUCCAAGUAGUCCCGGAAGAUCAAAGCUUCGAGGAAAACUACGCUGGGAUUUUUCAUUUCAGGUUUUGGCAGUACGGUAGAUGGGUGGACGUUGUGAUCGACGACAGACUGCCGACCUACAAAGGAGAAUUAUUGUACUUGCGUUCAGCAGAGAGCAAUGAAUUCUGGAGUGCGUUAUUGGAAAAAGCGUACGCAAAGCUUCACGGCUCGUACGAAGCGUUAAAGGGCGGAACCACCUGUGAAGCUAUGGAGGACUUCACGGGCGGCGUGACUGAAAUGUAUCAAAUGGAAGAGGCGCCUCCGAACCUGUUUACUAUUUUGUUAAAAGCAUUUGAAAGAAAUUCGUUGAUGGGUUGUUCAAUAGAGCCUGAUCCAAAUAUAUUGGAAGCCGAAACGCCUCAAGGACUCAUCAGAGGCCACGCAUACAGUAUUACACGUAUCAAAUACGUUGAAAUUCAAACGCCUAACCAGUAUGGAAGGAUACCUUUGCUCAGGCUUAGAAAUCCGUGGGGUAACGAAGCGGAAUGGAAUGGCCCGUGGAGCGAUCAAUCACCAGAGUGGCGUUUUAUUCCUGAUCACGAGAAGGAAGAGUUAGGCUUAACUUUUGAUAUGGAUGGAGAAUUCUGGAUGUCGUUCCAGGAUUUCACGCGAUUCUUCACACAAUUGGAAAUUUGUAACUUGAAUCCAGAUUCGUUGACAGAAGAUGAUUUGAAUGCCGGGAAGAAAAAAUGGGAAAUGAGCGUAUUCGAAGGGGAAUGGGUUCGUGGUGUUACAGCUGGAGGUUGUAGGAACUUUUUAGAAACUUUCUAUCACAACCCACAAUACCGAAUUACGUUAGAGCACCCAGAUGAAGAUGACGACAAGUGUACAGUAAUCGUCGCGUUGAUGCAAAAGAAUAGGCGAGCGCAAAGGAGAAUGGGCGCUGAGUGCCUCACUGUUGGAUUCGCGAUAUACCACUUGGAGAACCCGGAUCGUUUACCGAAACCAUUGGACAUGAAUUUCUUUAAAUACAACGCGUCAGUCGCGAGAUCACCAGCGUUCAUAAAUUUACGGGAAGUAACGUGUCGUUUCAAAUUGCCACCCGGCGUAUAUUGCAUAGUUCCGAGCACGUUUGACCCUAAUGAAGAGGGUGAAUUCCUACUGAGAAUCUUCUCCGAAAACAAGAAUAAUAUGGAGGAAAACGACGAAGAAGUUGGAAUUGGGCAAGUUGACGAUAGGGUCAUUAACUCUAACGGUGAUAACGAACAAGAAGGAAAUCAGGUUCAAGACGAUCCACAAAACCAGAACACAGAAAAAGUUCGAGAAUUCUUUAAAAAGCUUGCUGGUGACGACAUGGAAGUAGACUGGUUGGAACUGAAGGAAAUAUUGGAUUUCGCGAUGCGAAAAGAACUACCAUCGGCGCGUCGUAGUGAGGCACAAGAAAGUGGUUCAUUUAUCGAUACUCUCAUCUCACUCCUGUGCGGCAUUGUUUGUAACAAUGAACAGUUCAAUAAGUCUGCAGUAGAAACAAAUGAUAAAGGAUUCAGUAAGGAUGUCUGCCGUAGCAUGGUCGCUAUGUUAGAUGUAGAUCACUCAGGCAAGCUCGGAUUCGAAGAAUUCAGAUCGUUAUGGAACGAUGUAAAGAAAUGGAGGGCCGUAUUUAAAUUAUAUGACAAAGAUGAGUCAGGAUAUCUAAGCGCUUUUGAACUGAGGCAGGCGUUAAACAGUGCGGGCUAUCGAUUAAACAAUCACAUUUUAAAUAUUUUGGUACAUCGCUAUGGAACGAAGGAGGGCACGAUCACGUUUGAUGAUUAUAUAAUGUGUGCCGUGCGACUUAAAACAAUGAUAGACAUUUUCAGGGAACGAGAUCCGGAUUUGACCAACACGGCAACAUUCACGAUGGAAGAAUGGAUAGAGAAGACAUUAUACUCUUAAUCGAAAUCGUGUGUCAAAAUCGUUGAUAAAUACAUUCGUAUUUCUUGCUCGUUUUAUUACGAAAAAAAGUUUAAGAUUCUAAUCACUUUUCACUUUGAGAACUUCCAGUUUCUUUCAUAGUUUUCACUAUUCAAAACUUUUCAUAAAUACAUAUAUCGAAAUUUGUACAUGAACUUUUCUUGAGGUUUAUAGGCAAUACCUGUUUUUAGGAACGUACAUGAAAAUUUCUGAGGACGAUAUAUCAAUUUGUGUUACGAUAAUUUGUUUGCUUCUUUUAUAUUGUUUGUCACGUACGGUAGAUGUCUAAAUCUGGUGCCUUAAAGUCUUUGUACAUUUGACUUUUAAUUUUAUUCAAAUGAUAAUAAUAAUAAUUUAUUACAGCGGA